UUAGAAGCACGCAUCUUCAGCAAAAAUGACAAGUAAUUUAGUUUCACCACUCUUCUUUCUUACUUUAGUUUCUGCACUGAUCGGAGCCUCCCACGCCGCCGGCAUCGCCAUCUACUGGGGCCAAAACGGAAACGAGGGCACCUUGGCAGCAACCUGUGCCACCGGCAGAUACACCUACGUUAACAUAGCUUUCCUCAACCAAUUCGGCAAUGGUGGAACCCCCGGACUCAACUUGGCCGGCCACUGCAAUCCAGCAUCCAACGGUUGUGCCUCCCUCGUCGGAAGCGGCAUAAAGAGCUGCCAAAGUCGAGGAAUCAGGGUCAUGCUCUCCCUUGGAGGCGGUGCUGGCAGCUACUCACUUACUUCUCAAGCAGAUGCCCAAAACUUAGCUAAUUACCUAUGGAACAACUUUCUGGGUGGCAACUCGCCUUCCCGUCCAUUCGGCGACGCCGUACUGGACGGCAUCGAUUUCGAUAUCGAGCUCGGGUCGAGUCUACACUAUGAUGACCUUGCCCGAUCUCUAUCGGCUUUCAGCCGCCGGGGAAGAAAGGUGUACUUAACAGCAGCUCCUCAGUGUCCGUUUCCAGAUAGAUUAUUGGGGUCCGCUCUUAAUACAGGCCUCUUUGACUACGUCUGGAUUCAGUUCUAUAACAAUCCGGCUGCGGCAUGCCAGUACACGUCGGGCAACGUUAACAACCUUGUGAACUCGUGGAACCGGUGGACUUCAUCGAUAAAUGCGGGGAAUAUAUUUUUAGGGUUGCCAGCGGCACCGGCGGCGGCCGGAAGCGGGUAUGUUCCGCCUAAUGUGUUGACUUCUCAAAUCCUUCCGGUUAUCAAGAGAUCAUCAAAGUAUGGUGGCGUUAUGCUCUGGAAUAAGUUCUUUGAUGAUAGUUACAGUGCCUCCAUUUUAGCUAGUGUGUGAGGCAAGACUUGACUCGGCUCGCUAAUAUUAUUAAAUAAAUCGAGAGAUAUCCUUAUCGCCA